CGCAGCCGCGCUCGGCCCGGUGCCUUCGGGGGGCCGGGAUUGCCAUCCCUAUCUGUUCCCUACCCCAUGGCCGGGCCACAUUGUCCCGCACGCUGUCGCCUGCCUUGGUUUUGGAUAACUCCACCCGCCGCCGCCUCUCAGCUCCUCCUCUCAGUGAGCAGCCCGGCUGGGAUAUAAGCAAGUCACUCAGGCAACAGGAGCUGCCGCGACAGCUGGGCGGGUGGCGUGGGACAUCGCGCCGUGACCUGUGCCGUGUCCUUCGCCUCGACGCCGGACCCCAUGGCGACGCCUUCGCAGAAAAGGAGCACCCGCGGUGGGGCUUCGGGGACCCCCUUGUCCCCGACCCGGAUCACCCGGCUGCAGGAGAAGGAGGACCUGCAGGAGCUCAAUGACCGCUUGGCCGUGUACAUCGACAAGGUGCGCUCGCUGGAGCUGGAGAACGCCGGCCUGCGGCUCCGCAUCACCGAGUCCGAGGAGGUGGUGAGCCGCGAGGUGUCGGGCAUCAAGGCUGCCUACGAGUCGGAGCUGGCGGACGCCCGCAAGACCUUGGAUUCGGUGGCCAAGGAGAGAGCCCGGCUGCAGCUGGAGCUCAGCAAAGUCCGGGAGGAGCACAAGGAGCUGAAAGCCCGGAAUGCCAAGAAAGAAGGGGACCUGCUGACCGCCCAGGCACGCCUUAAAGAUGUGGAGGCUCUGCUUAACUCCAAGGAGGCUGCUCUCUCCACAGCCCUGGGUGAGAAGAGGAAUCUGGAGACUGAAGUGCGGGACCUGAGGGGACAGGUGGCCAAGCUGGAAAGUGCCUUGAACGAAGCCAAGAAGCAGCUGCAGGAUGAGAUGCUGCGCCGCGUGGACGCCGAGAACCGGCUGCAGACGCUGAAGGAAGAGCUUGAAUUCCAGAAGAACAUUUACAGCGAGGAGCUGCGGGAGACCAAGCGGCGCCACGAGACCCGGCUGGUGGAGAUCGACAACGGGAGGCAGCGGGAGUUCGAGAGCAAACUCUCCGAGGCCCUGCAGGAGCUGAGGAGCCAGCACGAAGCCCAGAUCAGGCUCUACAAGGAGGAACUGGAGAAAACCUACGGGGCGAAGCUGGAGAACGCCAAGCAGUCAGCUGAGAGGAACAGCAACAUGGUGGGUGCUGCCCAUGAGGAGCUGCAGCAGACCCGGAUCCGCAUUGACAACCUCUCCUCRGAGGUCAGCCAGCUGCAGAAGCAGCUGGCUGCCAAGGAAGCCAAACUGCACGAUCUGGAGGAUAUUCUGGCCAGGGAACGCGAGACCAACCGGCGCCUGCUGUCUGACAAGGAGAGGGAGAUGGCUGAGAUGAGGGCACGCAUGCAGCAGCAGCUGGACGAGUACCAGGAGCUGCUGGACAUCAAACUGGCCCUGGACAUGGAGAUCAACGCCUACCGCAAGCUGUUGGAGGGCGAGGAGGAGCGGCUGAGGCUGUCCCCCAGCCCUUCAUCCCACAAAGGUACAUCCCGGAGCCGCUUGUCCACCCCGGGCUCCUCCAAGAAGAGGAAGCUGGAGGACAGYGAGAGCAGGACCAGCUUCUCACACCACGCCCGGACCAGCGGCCGUGUUGGCGUGGAGGAGGUGGAYCUGGAGGGAAAGUUCGUCCGUCUCAGGAACAAAUCCAACGAGGACCAGGCGAUGGGGAACUGGCAGAUCAAGCGGCAAAAUGGGGAUGAUCCCCCCAUCACCUACCGCUUCCCCCCAAAAUUCACCCUGAAGGCUGGCCAGGUGGUCACGAUCUGGGCCUCAGGAGCUGGAGCCACCCACAGCCCCCCCAGCAACCUGGUGUGGAAAGCCCAGAGCAGCUGGGGCUCCGGGGACAGCCUGCGCACCGCCCUCAUCAACUCCAACGGCGAGGAGGUGGCCAUGAGGAAACUGGUCCGCACUGUGAUCAUCAAYGAUGAUGAGGAUGAGGAUGASGAUGAAAUGAGCAUCCACCACCGCCAUCACCACGGCAGCUGCAGUGGCUCUGGGGACCCCGGUGAGUACAACCUGCGCUCCCGCACGGUGGUCUGUGGCACGUGUGGCCAGCCGGCYGACAAAUCGGGCACCCAGAACGCCGGCAUCAACACCAUGUCCUCGGGCUCGUCCACCUCCAGCGUGACCGUCACGCGCAGCUACCGCAGCAUGGGCGACUCUGGCAUCGGCCUGGGGGACAGCCUGGUGUCCAGGAAUUACCUUCUGGGGAGCUCCAGCCCCCGCAGGCAGGUCAGUGCUGUUCCCAGCCCCUGGCUCCUGGGUCUCCACCCUCAUCCCAGGGCAAUGCCAGGGGAGUCCUAUCCCCUUCCAACUCUCCGUCUCUCCGCUCUUCUUCUCCCUCUUUGGGCUUGACUGAGUGUCUUUAUAAGGGAUGGGAGAUUG